AUGUCAUUCCGAGGCGGUCGCGGUGCGCCGCGCGGUGGAUUCGGCGGUCGAGGUGGAGGCCGUGGAGGUUUCCAGCAACGCGACAUGGGUCCCCCGGCGCAAGUCCUAGAGAUGGGCAAGUUCCUGCACGCCUGUGAGGGUGAGAUGGUCUGCGAGAGCAUCAACCCUAAGGUGCCCCAGUUCAACGCCCAGAUGUUCCUCGAGAACAAGACCUCCAUCGGCAAGAUCGACGAAGUCCUCGGCCCCAUCAACCAAGUCUACUUCACCAUCAAGCCCUCCGAGGGCAUCCAGGCCACCUCCUUCAAGGAGGGCGACAAGUUCUACAUCGCCUCCGAGAAGCUGCUCCCCAUGGAGCGCUUCCUCCCGAAACCCAAGGCGCCCCCGGGCCAGAAGCCCAAGCGCGCCGGCCGCGGCGGCUUCGGCGGACGCGGCGGCGGUGGCGGCUUCGGCGGACGCGGCGGCGCACCGAGGGGUGGACGCGGCGGCUUCGGCGGCGGUCGUGGCGGCAGCGGCUUUGGCGGUCGCGGCGGCGGCGGCGGCUUUGGCGGUCGCGGUGGUGCGCCGAGGGGCGGCGGCAGGGGACGCGGCGGCUUCAGCAGGGGAGGAUACUAG